GCGUGUCUGUAAUCCAGGAGUCUUUUGGUAUGCAGAGCAGCGAUUGACUGCAGAUUUCAUUUAACGCUUUAACUAACUGACUAAUGGCUUGUUCAGUGAACAUAAUGCAACAACUGCUGAGACGUCGGAGAGCGAGGUAGACAGACAGGAAGCUUUGGGGUAGACGAGGACACACCCGUACACUGUACCUCUCCGCCCCUCCUCUUUGCCUGCCCCGUUAUGCACAAUACGCCGGUGCGCCGAGAGCUACAGCAGACAGUGGCAGUCAGGAUUUAAGCAAUCUGAUGUGUUUUUGCUCUUUUCAUCGUGGCUUCAAAGACGGCGGAGUGCAAUCCUCACUUCGUGGCUCCUGGGAAACCUGAGGGACCACAGGGAAGAUUUAGAAGUUUAUUCAAGCAGUCCCACCCGGUAGCACGCUGUGGCCCUUAGAGCUCUCCGCUGUCAAGUCCCCUUCCGUUUGGAUUCCCUUCCUGCAUUUUCCCACCCUGUGGUGCCCUGCCUCUGUGAAAAGUGCAGGCCUCACACUCCUGCAUAAUGACUGUGGCCACCGGCGACCCCUCGGACGAGGCGGCGGCACACCCUGGUCUUCCUCAGGACUAUGACCCUGGAACUGAGCAGGAGUGCUGUGAACGAGUGGUCAUCAACAUCUCGGGUCUGCGUUUUGAGACACAGCUCAAGACCCUUUCACAGUUCCCUGAAACAUUACUGGGGGACCCCAAGAAGCGAAUGAGGUACUUUGAUCCGCUAAGGAAUGAGUACUUUUUUGACAGAAACCGCCCCAGCUUUGACGCCAUUCUCUAUUACUAUCAAUCAGGCGGAAGGUUGCGGCGACCAGUCAAUGUCACAUUGGACGUGUUCUCAGAGGAGAUCCGCUUUUAUGAACUCGGAGACGAAGCCAUUGAGAUUUUCAGGGAGGAUGAGGGUUUUAUUAAAGAGGAGGAAAGGCCAUUGCCUGACAAUGAGUUUCAGAAGCAGGUCUGGUUGCUGUUCGAGUAUCCAGAAAGUUCAGGGCCAGCCAGGAUUAUAGCAAUCAUAUCUGUGAUGGUCAUCCUAAUCUCCAUUGUGAGCUUCUGUUUGGAAACCUUACCCAUCUUCCGCAGCGAUGAGGAGGAGAUGCAUAAAGUUCCCGUUGUCGUCAAUAACUCCACAACCAGCUACACAUCAACCUACUUCACAGAUCCUUUCUUCAUUCUAGAGACGCUAUGCAUCAUCUGGUUCUCCUUCGAGUUCUUGGUGCGCUUCUUUGCUUGCCCUAGUAAAGCCAGCUUCUUUGUGAACAUCAUGAAUAUGAUUGAUGUGGUGGCCAUCAUCCCUUACUUCAUUACACUGGGAACAGAACUGGCGGAGAAGGCAGAGGACGGGCAGCAAGGGCAGCAAGCCAUGUCCCUUGCCAUUCUAAGGGUCAUCAGAUUGGUUCGAGUCUUCAGAAUCUUCAAACUCUCCCGUCACUCAAAGGGUCUUCAGAUCCUCGGUCAAACCCUCAAAGCCAGCAUGAGAGAAUUAGGUCUACUCAUCUUCUUUCUCUUUAUUGGAGUCAUCCUGUUUUCUAGUGCCGUCUACUUUGCGGAAGCUGACGAACCAGAGUCACAGUUCUACAGCAUCCCAGAUGCCUUCUGGUGGGCUGUGGUUUCAAUGACUACCGUUGGCUAUGGAGAUAUGGUGCCUACAACCAUCGGCGGAAAGAUUGUCGGAUCCCUCUGUGCCAUUGCUGGCGUCUUGACCAUCGCUCUUCCAGUGCCCGUCAUUGUCUCAAACUUCAACUACUUCUACCAUCGAGAAACAGAAGGUGAGGAGCAGGCCCAGUAUCUCCAAGUUAACGUCCCCAAAGCCGAUUCACAGGAAGAGCUAAAGGGAAGUCGAAGCGGAUCCACCAUCAGCAAAUCCGACUACAUGGAGAUCCAAGAAGUUGUCAACAACAGCAAUGAAGACUUUCAGGAAGAGAAUCUUAAGACAGCCAAUUGCACUUUAGCCAAUACAAAUUAUGUUAAUAUCAAAAAAAUGCUAACAGAUGUCUAGUUAAUUCUGGAGCGAGUAUGAACUGAAAUAUAAAAGGACUAGUAAGCCAUGUUUAAAGGAUUACUGAGGUUAACUUCAAUUUACUCAUUGAAAGUUCAACCCUACAUCCAGGUCUGUCCACAGUCCAAAUAAUAAUAAUCAGUGUUUGCAUGGAGUCAUCAGCAUCAUCUAACAUCUUUUCCAGAGCCAAGUAUUUAUACAACAAAAAGCACAUGAUAUAUAUCCAUCAAGAGCUUACCUUCAAAGCCAAGCUUCGCCAAAGAAACCUUAUUUGCGUGCUUCGUCUGCUGUUAAAAAGGUUUGCGGUCACCUGCAGUACAAUACACAGAUGUUUCAUCCACUUUGCUGCUCGUUUAAGAUCACCACAGAGUACACUCACAUUAUAUCAGCGUUAUUGUGGUGAACAGGCUGGGAAUGUCAUUGAAAAAACUGCCCGAUUCUGUGUCUAUAGUUGUGUGUGGAUCCAAAAUAUGUAUGUAUGGACAACACUUGUAUCUACUAUUCACGAUUACCCUGCUGCAAAGCUUUUGAAGACGAGAUGAAUGUCUCUACGUCACAUUUUAUGUUAUUUAUAGUCUACAGCGUCUAUGUCUGCUGUCAUUCAAUGCUUGUCUUUUUCUCAUUUCAUGCCACCUUUUAACUAUUCUUAUUUGUAGUUCUUCGAGAUGAGAAGCAUACAAAACAUGACAAAUAAUCAAAAAAACACCCUAGUGCCACAGAAAAAAAGUACUAGUGUAUUUUGUGUAAGAGCAUACUGUUCAGUGUAAUUGUCCCAUUGUUUCUGCUGCAAGCUGCAGAGAUAGUCCAAAAUGUAGUUGAUAUUCAAAUUACUUUGCCACUUAAUGAGCCAUAUUGUAGUUCACUCUUUAAUGUCCCCUAGCAAAUUUGUAGCAUGGAUGUUGGAUUAUUUUUAAUCACUGGCUUGUCUAUCACCUUGAAAUCAUUUUCAGAUGUUAGAACAACCUUGAUAAAGCUCGUUAGAUGUCUUUUUUACUGCCUUUGAUCAAGAAAAACAGGUAUUAUAGUACUGCAUGGCCUCAAUUCUAAUGGCAUGGAUUUUCAGCAGAACAGAAAGAAAUAUAGUUAGCUAGAUAUUCAGAAAAAAAAAUAUGUACAGUGUCUUGCUCUGUAUAUAUACAUAUAUACAUCUAUUUUUAUCUGCAAAUGUCUAUUGUGAUUCAGAGGUGCUGUUUUCAGUUUCAGGUUUUGUUUUGCAAGGGAACGUAUAAAAAUACACUCGGCAUUGCAUUUGGAUGGACGGUGCAGCAUUAGGGCAUCGAUCGCUGGGACAUUGAUUGUCUUAGCUUCAGGUGACCUUGAAAUCUAGACUUUACAGGCUUGCACAAGACUCUUGUGUUGAAGAGACUGGAUAAUAAUGAAUCAAAAGGGAGCUAAAGAAGUUAAUACUGCUGUUUUAUACCUUUGAUUGAGGUUUUAGGCACAGACAUGUACUUAAAGAGAUAGUUCACCCAAAGAUUUUAAUUUACCCACUAUUUACUCACCUCAAAGUCUUUUUUUCUUUUCAACACAAAAGUACACUGUAAGAAAUGCUGGGUUCCACACAAUCGAUUUAUGUUGGGAAAACAAAGGAAUUAAUCCCAAUCCCAAUUCUACCCCUUAGCCCUUGCCCUUACCCCUACCCCUCAUUUUGCAUGUUCACAUGAAGGGGUAGGGGUGUCCCAAUUCUCCUUAGCUUGAAGGUGUAGGGCUACGGGAAAGGGCUAGAUGGCCCUUGAAACUGGACCUUUUUCAGGACCACACUCGAACCCAAGGGGUACAAAAAUGUCCCUGAAUACACCAGCUACAAUGGCAGCAUGGCUGCACACGAAAGUAAGGAGAUCCACAAAUUAGUAUUUUUUUGUCAUUAUUAUGAAUUUUUACAACAAACAAGCACGUUUUAAUAUAUUCAUAACUGCGUUCAUGUUUUAUGGUCAUGCUUACACUAAAAUAGAAAACGCUAAAUUCUAGUGGCUGGGAAUGAGCUUAUUACAGUGUCUGGUAUAAUGGUAACGUUUUCGUGUUUACAUAGUUAAAUAUGGCUACAGUGUAAAUGCACAGUACAGUUACAAUCUUAUUGCCACAUUAUAUCGUUAUGAUAACAUGAUAUCGUUGCCUUCAGGGAUUUCCUAAAGAUAAAUACCAAGAAAUAACGCAACUGGAAUAACUA